AUGCUUGUCAGUGCACCUGCAAGAGUCAAAGCUAUUGGCCAAGUUCUGUCAAAAGCAAGAGAGCAACUGUAUGACUGCAAGUUGGUGACGGGGAAGCUGACAGCAAUCCUUCAGUCAGCCGAUGAACACGUUAGGAGCUUGAAAAAACAGAGCACAUUCUUGAGUCAGUUAGCUGCCAAGACCAUUCCAAAUGCAAUCCACUGUUUUUCCAUGCGCUUAACUAUAGAAUACUACCUCCUUCCUCCAGAGAAGCGGAAGUUCCCCAGAAGUGAGAAUCUGGAAGAUCCAAAUCUUUAUCAUUAUGCCCUCUUCUCAGACAAUGUUUUGGCUGCAUCAGUGGUUGUGAACUCAGCUGUCACCAAUUCGAAGGACUCUUCAAAGCAUGUAUUUCAUCUUGUCACUGAUAAACUCAACUUUGGAGCCAUGAAUAUGUGGUUUCUGUUGAAUCCUCCUGGGAAAGCUACAAUCCAUGUUGAAAAUGUUGAUGAAUUUAAGUGGCUCAAUUCAUCCUACUGCCCUGUUCUACGUCAACUAGAGUCUGCUGCGAUGAAAGAGUAUUACUUCAAGGCCGGUCAUCCAACCAAACUUUCAUCUAGUGCCUCUAAUCUGAAGUACAGGAAUCCGAAGUAUCUGUCAAUGCUUAACCAUCUAAGGUUCUAUCUGCCACAGGUUUAUCCAAAGUUGAAUAAAAUCUUGUUUCUUGAUGAUGACAUUGUUGUUCAGAAAGACUUGACUGGACUGUGGUCCGUGGAUCUCCAUGGAAAGGUUAAUGGUGCAGUGGAAACCUGUGGUGAGAGCUUUCACCGUUUUGACAAGUACCUUAACUUUACAAAUCCUCAUAUUGCAAGAAACUUUGAUCCAAAUGCAUGCGGGUGGGCUUAUGGGAUGAACAUUUUUGAUCUUAAGGAGUGGAAAAGGAGGGAUAUUACUGGCAUAUAUCACAAGUGGCAGAACAUGAAUGAAGAUAGAGUACUUUGGAAGCUUGGGACAUUACCUCCGGGACUAAUUACAUUCUAUGGGCUGACACAUCCUCUUGAGAAGUCAUGGCAUGUGCUUGGUUUGGGUUACAGUCCUACCAUUGGCCGUUCAGAGAUUGAGAAUGCUGCGGUCAUACACUACAAUGGAAACAUGAAACCCUGGCUGGAGUUGGCAAUGACAAGGUAUCGGUCAUACUGGAUUAAGUACAUUAAGUAUGAUCAUCCCUACCUUCGAACCUGCAAACUAAGCGAAUGAACUGGAACUGGGGUCCCUAAGUCAUACGGUGAUCUCUCUCUCUCUCUCUCUCUCUCUCUCUGUAAUUUAUUCAUUUCAUUCCAAUCAUCCAUUAGAACAUGUAACUAAUUCUAUAGCCUCUCCCCCACCUCUUUCUGGGGUAAUUUCAUGCCUUCUUGACCUGUACAAAGUCGCAAUUGUGUCCUACUUUGGAGCCAAGUCCGAGUUGGACGGGAAUAGGGAAUUGGGUGUCAUUGACUCAUUUGGUGUAUUCUAUGAACAACUUGUUCAGUUUGUACUAUAAGUUGUGCGUGGAUUAUGAUAUUCAUAACCUAUAUACUCAAGACCAUUAAGGAGCAAUCUUGCACAAUGGAAAAGGUGUUUGCGCUUCA